CAUAAACAGCACGCUUCGGCAAAACACCGAAAUAUAAAAACAUUUUACAACACUGAAACUGCGUUGAAGAACUUCGUAGAGUGAAGUGGUUCCAGCCUGAAGCUGUAAAAAUGCUCUCACGAAGAUUAUGUUCUGCGGUGUUGCCCCGCAUGAUGUCUACAUUGCCGAUACCGGAGCAAGCGGUAGUGAGUGAUAAAGGCUUCGAUAUGCUCAACCACCCAGACUUUUUCGGAGUUCACAAGCUGUUCACGGUGGAAGAUCUCUUCAAAUCCCGGGUCCACAUUGGCCACAAGGAAGGCACACUGAACGAUGGCAUGAAAGGAUACCUGUACGGUAGUCGGCUGGGACAUUGCAUUAUUGAUCUCGACAAAACUGUGGAGCAUUUACGUGCGGCGCUAAAUGUCGUUGCGCACAUAGCGUACCGUGAUGGGAUUAUACUAUUCUUUAACCGGAAUGCACUGAAUGCACAUGUCGUUGAGAAAACUGCCAGGGAAUGUGGAGAAUUUGCCCAUACGCGCUACUGGCGAGGGGGAGUUUUUACUAACUCCAAGGUUCAGUUUGGUGCCGUGACCCGUUUGCCUGAUUUAUGUAUCUUUUUAAACACCAUGAACAAUGUGCUUGAUAUGCACACUGCUGUACGUGAUGCGGCUAAGAUGAAUAUUCCAACAGUUGGUAUCGUGGACACGAAUUGCAACCCCAAUCUCAUCACCUACCCUGUUCCAGGAAAUGAUGACACUCCGGCAGCCAUAGAAUUAUAUUGUAAACUCUUUAAAAAAGCUGUCCUUCUAGGUAAGGAAGCAAGAAAAGCGCAUACGGUUGUCGAAAACAAGUAAGUUGUGCUAGAAGAUAGAACAGAUGCGUAGAUCAAAUACAGUACUUCAA